UUCUGGCUGGGCGGCGGACGUUUCGCGUGCGUGAGGGCGCCUGACUUCAUUUCCGGCUAAUGCGCUCCGCUUGCCCCCUGGCCCCGGAUGGUGACUGGCGGUGCUGCUGCACCUCCCGGGACUGUCACUGAGCCGCUUCCCAGUGUGAUUGUGCUGAGCGCAGGCCGGAAGAUGGCGGCUGCGGCUGCGGCAGCCUCGGGCCCGGGCUGCUCGGCGGCGGCGGGGGCGGCUGGGGUCUCGGAGUGGCUGGUGCUGCGGGACGGCUGCAUGCGCUGCGACUCCGAAGGCCUGCACAGCCUCUCGUACCAUCCGGCGCUCAACGCCAUCCUGGCCGUCACCAGCCGCGGGACCAUCAAAGUCAUCGACGGCACCUCGGGGGCCACCCUGCAGGCCUCGGCGCUCAGCGCUAAACCAGGUGGACAGGUGAAAUGUCAGUAUAUUUCUGCUGUGGAUAAAGUUGUAUUUGUGGAUGAUUAUGCAGUAGGAUGUAGGAAAGACCUUAAUGGAAUCUUGUUGUUAGACACUGCUCUGCAAACUCCGGUUUCGAAGCAGGAUGAUGUGGUUCAGCUUGAACUGCCAGUUACAGAGGCACAGCAGCUCUUAUCAGCAUGUUUAGAAAAGGUAGACAUUUCUAGUACCGAGGGUUAUGAUUUGUUCAUCACACAGCUCAAAGAUGGUUUAAAAAACACAUCUCAUGAGACUGCAGCGAACCACAAAGUUGCUAAGUGGGCCACGGUUACAUUUCAUCUUCCUCAUCAUGUGUUGAAGUCCAUUGCCAGUGCCAUUGUAAAUGAACUCAAGAAAAUAAAUCAAAACGUUGCUGCCUUACCUGUGGCAUCCUCAGUGAUGGACAGAUUGUCUUACCUCUUACCUAGUGCACGUCCAGAACUUGGAGUGGGGCCAGGCCGUUCUGUAGACAGAUCAUUGAUGUAUAGUGAAGCUAAUAGACGGGAGACAUUUACCUCAUGGCCUCAUGUAGGCUACAGAUGGGCACAACCAGAUCCCAUGGCUCAAGCUGGAUUUUAUCAUCAGCCUGCUUCUUCUGGAGAUGAUAGAGCCAUGUGUUUUACUUGUAGUGUAUGUCUCGUUUGUUGGGAACCUACUGAUGAACCUUGGUCCGAACAUGAAAGACAUUCCCCAAACUGCCCAUUUGUGAAAGGUGAGCACACACAGAAUGUGCCAUUGUCAGUCACACUUGCAACAAGUCCUGCACAGUUUCCUUGUACAGAUGGAACUGACAGAAUAUCCUGUUUUGGGUCGGGGAGCUGCCCUCAUUUUCUAGCUGCUGCAACUAAACGAGGAAAGAUCUGCAUAUGGGAUGUUUCCAAACUUAUGAAGGUGCACUUAAAGUUUGAAAUUAAUGCCUAUGAUCCAGCAAUUGUACAACAGCUUAUUCUAUCAGGAGAACCAAGCUCAGGAGUUGACUCAAGGAGACCAACUUUAGCAUGGCUGGAGGACUCCUCUAGUUGCUCAGAUAUACCAAAAUUGGAAGGAGAUAGUGAUGAUUUGCUGGAAGAUUCAGAUAGUGAAGACCAUUCCAGAUCUGAUUCUGUGACAGGGCAUACAUCACAGAAGGAAGCCAUGGAAGUAAGCCUUGAUAUAACAGCGCUCAGCAUUCUCCAACAGCCAGAAAAACUUCAGUGGGAGAUUGUUGCAAACGUGCUUGAGGAUACUGUCAAAGAUCUUGAAGAACUUGGGGCAAAUCCUUGCUUAAACUCUAAGAGUGAAAAGGCGAAGGAAAAGCAUCAGGAACAACACAACAUUCCCUUUCCAUGUUUAUUAGCUGGAGGUUUAUUAACAUAUAAAUCCCCUGCUACUUCACCCAUUAGUAGUAAUUCUCACAGGUCACUGGAUGGUUUAAACAGAACUCAGGGUGAAAGUAUAUCAGAACAAGGGUCGACUGACAAUGAAUCCUGCACUAAUUCAGAACUAAAUUCUCCUCUGGUAAGGAGGACUUUACCUGUUUUACUACUUUAUAGCAUCAAAGAAUCUGAUGAGAAAGCAGGAAAAAUCUUUUCACAGAUGAACAAUAUUAUGAGUAAAAGUUUGCAUGAUGAUGGUUUUACAGUUCCACAGAUUAUUGAAAUGGAGCUGGAUAAUCAGGAACAGUUGUUGUUGCAGGAUCCUCCUGUGACUUACAUUCAGCAAUUUGCAGAUGCAGCAGCCAGCCUUACCUCUCCAGAUUCUGAGAAGUGGAAUUCUGUGUUUCCCAAGCCUGGAACUUUGGUUCAGUGUUUGCGACUGCCAAAGUUUGCGGAAGAGGAAAAUCUCUGUGUAGACUCAAUAACUCCUUGUGCUGAUGGAAUUCACUUGUUGGUAGGACUGCGGACAUGCCCUGUCGAAUCCUUGAGUGCAAUAAAUCAAGUAGAGGCCUUGAAUAAUUUAAAUAAAUUAAACUCUGCACUAUGUAAUAGACGGAAAGCUGAACUGGAAUCAAACCUUGCUGUAGUGAAUGGUGCAAAUAUUAGUGUAAUCCAACACGAAUCACCAGCAGAUGUACAGACCCCUUUGAUAAUUCAACCUGAGCAGAGGAAUGUUAGUGGAGGAUAUUUAGUACUUUAUAAAAUGAAUUAUGCUACGCGAAUAGUAACUUUAGAAGAGGAGCCAAUAAAAAUCCAACAUAUCAAAGACCCCCAGGACACAAUUACCUCACUCAUUUUGCUUCCACCAGAUAUAUUAGAUAAUCGAGAAGAUGACUGUGAGGAGCCUGUUGAAGAAAUGCAGUUAACUUCAAAGAAUGGCAUUGAGAGAGAAAAAAAGUCUGAUAUUUCUACUCUUGGACAUCUGGUAAUAACCACUCAGGGAGGAUAUGUAAAAAUAUUAGAUCUUUCAAACUUUGAAAUUUUGGCCAAAGUAGAACCUCCCAAAAAGGAGGGCACUGAAGAACAGGACACAUUUGUUUCUGUCAUUUAUUGCUCUGGCACAGAUAGACUGUGUGCAUGCACCAAAGGUGGUGAGCUUCAUUUUCUCCAAAUUGGAGGAACUUGUGAUGAUAUUGAUGAAGCUGAUAUUCUAGUGGAUGGAUCUCUCUCUAAAGGAAUAGAACCGACUUCAGAAGGUUCCAAACCUUUAUCAAAUCCUUCGAGUCCUGGCAUUUCAGGAGUUGAUCUAUUGGUGGAGCAGCCAUUCACCCUUGAAAUCUUGACAUCUCUAGUAGAGCUAACCCGCUUUGAGACAUUGACACCUCGGUUUUCAGCCACUGUUCCGCCAUGCUGGGUAGAGGUUCAGCAAGAACAGCAGCAAAGGAGGCAUCCUCAGCAUUUGCAUCAGCAACACCAUGGAGAUGCUGCUCAGCACACUAGAACUUGGAAACUACAGACUGAUGGCAACAGCUGGGAUGAACAUGUAUUUGAAUUGGUUCUACCCAAAGCAUGUAUGGUUGGACAUGUGGACUUCAAAUUUGUUUUAAACUCAAACAUUACCAAUAUUCCACAGAUACAAGUGACACUGCUGAAAAAUAAGGCUCCAGGCUUAGGGAAAGUCAAUGAAACAGCAGUAGAUAGGCAGAUCACCUUUCCUUUGUCUCCAGCUCUUAACAUUGAAGUGGAACAAAAUGGGAAACCGUCCCUGGUUGAUUUGAAUGAAGAAAUGCAGCACAUGGAUGUAGAGGAAUCACAGUGUCUGAGAUUGUGUCCAUUUUUAGAGGACCAUAAAGAAGACAUUCUGUGUGGGCCAGUAUGGCUUGCUAGUGGCCUUGAUCUAUCAGGGCAUGCCGGGAUGUUAACAUUAACAAGCCCCAAACUUGUUAAAGGAAUGGCAGGAGGAAAAUAUCGUUCAUUUUUAAUCCAUGUCAAAGCAGUGAAUGAAAGAGGAGCAGAUGAGAUUUGUAAUGGUGGUAUACGUCCUGUCGUAAGACUUCCAUCUCUAAAACAUCAGAGUAACAAGGGUUACUCGCUUGCUUCACUCUUGGCAAAAGUGGCAGCAGGCAAGGAAAAAUCAUCUAAUGUUAAAAAUGAAAAUGCAGGUGGUACUCGUAAAUCUGAAAAUCUCCGGGGCUGUGACUUACUUCAGGAGGUCUCAGUCACCAUUCGAAGAUUUAAGAAAACCUCAAUUGCUAAAGAAAGAGUGCAGCGAUGUGCCAUGCUACAAUUUUCAGAGUUUCAUGAGAAGCUCCUUAACACUCUUUGUAGAAAAGCAGAUGAUGGCCAAAUCACUGAACAUGCUCAGAGCCUUGUAUUGGAUACUCUCUGUUGGUUGGCUGGGGUACAUUCAAAUGGACCUGGAAGCUCAAAGGAAGGAAAUGAGAGCCUACUUUCAAAAACACGAAAACGUCUUUCAGACAUCGUCCGUGUUUGUUUUUUUGAGGCAGGACGAAGUAUAGCCCAUAAAUGUGCCCGAUUCCUAGCCUUGUGCAUUAGUAAUGGCAAAUGUGACCCAUGUCAGCCUGGAUUUGGAUCUGUUUUGUUGAAGGCUUUACUUGAUAAUAUGUCAUUUUUACCUGCAGCAGCAACUGGUGGUUCUGUUUACUGGUAUUUUGUCCUACUGAAUUAUGUUAAAGAUGAAGAUUUGGCAGGGUGUAGUACAGCUUGUGCAUCUUUGCUUACUGCAGUGUCCAGACAGCUGCAGGACAGGUUGACACCAAUGGAGGCUUUACUUCAAACAAGAUAUGGAUUAUAUAGCUCACCGUUUGAUCCAGUCCUUUUUGAUUUGGAGAUGAGUGGCUCGUCUUGUAAAAAUGUGUACAAUAGCAGCAUUGGUGUUCAAUCAGAUGAAAUUGAUUUAUCAGAUGUCCUUUCAGGAAAUGGAAAAGUCAGUAGUUGCACAGCUGCUGAGGGUAGUUUCACAUCCCUCACUGGACUUCUGGAAGUUGAACCACUACACUUUACUUGUGUGUCUACUAGUGAUGGAACCAGAAUAGAAAGGGAUGAUGCAAGUACGUUUACUGUGAGUUCCUUCGGGGUUACUCCUGCAGUAGGUGGACUCUCAUCUGGGACAGUUGGGGAAGCCUCGACAGCACUGAGUUCAGCAGCCCAGGUAGCUUUGCAGUCUCUCUCUCAUGCAAUGGCUUCAGCCGAGCAACAGCUACAGGUGCUGCAAGAGAAACAGCAGCAGCUUUUGAAGCUUCAGCAACAGAAAGCAAAGCUGGAAGCCAAGUUACAUCAGACAACAGCUGCAGCAGCUGCAGCAGCAUCAGCAGCAUCAGCAGUAGGUCCUGUUCACAACUCUGUGCCUUCCAACCCAGUGGCCGCCCCUGGAUUCUUCAUUCAUCCAUCUGAUGUUAUUCCACCCACUCCAAAAACAACACCACUUUUUAUGACUCCACCACUCACUCCACCCAAUGAAGCAGUUUCUGUUGUGAUUAAUGCCGAACUUGCACAGCUUUUCCCAGGCUCAGUCAUUGAUCCCCCACCAGUCAAUCUUGCUGCACAUAACAAAAAUUCCAACAAGUCGAGAAUGAAUCCACUUGGUUCUGGUCUGGCCCUUGCAAUUUCUCAUGCUUCACAUUUUCUUCAACCUCCACCUCACCAGUCCAUUAUUAUAGAACGAAUGCAUUCAGGAGCCAGGCGAUUUGUGACUUUGGACUUUGGAAGACCUAUAUUAUUGACAGAUGUAUUGAUUCCCACUUGUGGAGACUUGGCUUCCUUAUCAAUUGACAUUUGGACCUUAGGAGAAGAAGUGGAUGGAAGGCGUUUGGUAGUGGCAACUGAUAUAAGCACCCAUUCACUAAUUCUUCAUGACUUAAUACCACCUCCUGUGUGCAGAUUUAUGAAGAUAACUGUCAUCGGACGUUAUGGUAGUACAAAUGCCCGAGCCAAAAUCCCUUUAGGAUUUUACUAUGGCCAUACCUAUAUCUUGCCUUGGGAAAGUGAGCUGAAAUUAAUGCAUGACCCUCUCAAGGGAGAGGGAGAAUCUGCAAACCAGCCAGAAAUUGACCAGCAUUUAGCAAUGAUGGUUGCACUACAAGAGGAUAUACAAUGCAGAUAUAACUUAGCUUGUCAUCGUCUGGAAACUCUUUUGCAAAGUAUAGAUCUUCCUCCUCUCAACAGCGCUAACAAUGCACAGUACUUUUUACGAAAACCAGACAAGGCAGUUGAGGAAGACAGUAGAGUUUUUUCUGCUUAUCAAGAUUGUAUUCAGCUACAGCUUCAGCUAAAUUUGGCUCAGAAUGCAGUGCAGAGACUCAAAGUAGCUGUAGGUGCAAGUCGUAAGACAUUGAAUGAAACAUCAGAUCCAGAAGAUUUAAUUCAAACAUCUUCCACAGAGCAGCUACGCACUAUCAUCAGAUAUUUAUUGGACACUUUACUCAGCCUUCUUCACUCUUCCAAUGGGCACUCUGUUCCUGCAGUUUUACAGAGCACAUUUCAUGCCCAAGCCUGUGAAGAGCUCUUUAAACACUUGUGCAUCAGUGGAACCCCAAAGAUACGGUUACAUACUGGCCUCCUGCUUGUUCAACUGUGUGGUGGUGAAAGAUGGUGGGGUCAGUUUCUUUCUAAUGUUCUACAGGAAUUGUAUAAUUCAGAGCAGCUUCUCAUCUUUCCUCAGGAUAGGGUCUUCAUGUUACUUUCCUGUAUUGGUCAACGAUCACUUAGUAAUAGUGGAGUAUUAGAAAGCUUGCUUAAUCUCUUGGAUAAUUUAUUGUCACCUCUUCAGCCGGAGUUACCCAUACAUAGGAGAACAGAAGGAGUACUAGAUAUUCCUAUGAUCAGUUGGGUUGUUAUGCUGGUGUCCAGGUUGCUGGAUUAUGUAGCAACUGUUGAAGAUGAAGCAGCAGCUGCAAAAAAACCUUUGAAUGGUAAAGACAGGGAAAGAUUUUUGACAGGUAACCAGUGGAGUUUUAUCAAUAAUAAUCUGCACACUCAGAACUUAAAUAGAUCUUCCAAGGGCAGCAGUAGCCUUGAUAGAUUAUAUUCCAGAAAAAUCAGAAAACAGCUUGUUCAUCAUAAGCAGCAACUUAAUCUACUAAAAGCAAAACAGAAGGCUUUGGUGGAACAGAUGGAAAAAGAAAAAAUACAGAGUAACAAAGGAUCAUCAUAUAAACUCCUGGUAGAGCAAGCAAAACUAAAGCAGGCUACUUCAAAGCACUUUAAGGACUUAAUUCGUUUGCGUCGGACAGCGGAAUGGUCUCGUUCUAACUUAGAUACAGAAGUUACAACAACAAAAGAAAGUCCAGAGAUAGAACCACUUCCAUUUACUCUGGCCCAUGAACGCUGUAUUUCAGUAGUACAAAAACUGGUUCUCUUUCUUCUUUCGAUGGAUUUCACAUGCCAUGCAGAUCUCUUAUUAUUUGUUUGUAAGGUUCUUGCACGCAUUGCAAAUGCCACAAGACCAACUAUUCAUCUCUGUGAGAUUGUGAAUGAACCACAACUGGAAAGACUACUGUUACUUUUGGUUGGAACUGAUUUCAAUAGAGGAGAUAUAUCCUGGGGCGGUGCUUGGGCUCAAUAUUCCUUAACUUGCAUGCUGCAGGACAUCUUAGCAGGAGAAUUGUUGGCUCCAGUAGCUGCAGAAGCCAUGGAGGAUGGAACCGUGGGUGAUGAUGCAGGUGCCACAGCUGGUGACUCAGAUGACUCCCUUCAACAGUCGUCAGUUCAAUUGCUGGAAACUAUAGAUGAACCUUUGACACAUGAUAUAACGGGUACACCUCCUCUCUCUUCUUUGGAAAAAGACAAAGAAAUUGACCUUGAGCUGCUUCAAGAUCUAAUGGAAGUUGACAUUGAUCCUUUAGAUAUUGAUUUGGAAAAGGAUCCUCUUGCAGCCAAAGUUUUUAAGCCAAUAAGCAGCACAUGGUAUGAUUAUUGGGGUGCUGAUUACGGUACCUACAAUUACAACCCUUACAUUGGAGGUCUGGGCAUUCCUGUAGCAAAACCACCAACAAACACAGAAAAGAAUGGCUCGCAGACAGUUAGUGUUUCAGUGUCUCAAGCUGUUGCCUAUACUUUCGAACCUGGUACUAUCAAGCAAAACAGAAUAGAGGAACAUCAGUCAAAACAAGAUGCCUUGGAUGCUCGCCUAGAAGUUGGACUAGAACAACAAGCAGAACUUAUGUUGAAAAUGAUGUCUACUCUGGAAGCAGAUUCCAUUUUACAGGCAUUAACCAAUACAUCUCCUAUGUUAUCCCAGUCUCCUACAGGAACAGAUGAUUCACUUCUUGGGGGAUUACAAGCAGCAAACCAAGCCAGCCAGCUUAUUAUACAAUUAUCAUCGGUCCCAAUGUUAAAUGUUUGUUUCAACAAACUUUUUUCUAUGCUUCAAGUUCAUCAUGUUCAGUUGGAGUCACUUCUCCAAUUGUGGCUCACAUUAAGUCUGAAUUCUAGUUCAUCUGGAAACAAAGAGAAUGGAGCUGACAUUUUUUUAUAUAAUGCUAAUCGAAUACCUGUCAUUUCAUUAAAUCAAGCAUCAAUAACUAGCUUUCUCACAGUGCUAGCUUGGUAUCCGAAUACUUUGCUCCGGACGUGGUGCCUUGUGCUUCACAGUCUAACACUUAUGACAAAUAUGCAGCUUAAUUCUGGUUCCAGCACUGCCAUUGGAACUCAAGAAAGUACUGCUCAUUUGUUGGUUUCAGAUCCAAACCUUAUUCAUGUUUUAGUAAAAUUUCUUUCUGGUACCAGUCCACAUGGAACAAAUCAACACAGUCCACAGGUUGGACCAACCGCUACACAAGCGAUGCAAGAAUUUCUUACCCGAUUACAAGUGCAUGUGUCUUCAACAUGUCCUCAGAUAUUCAGUGAAUUUUUGCUCAAGCUAAUUCAUAUACUUUCAACAGAAAGGGGUGCCUUCCAGACAGGCCAAGGACCUCUUGAUGCUCAAGUGAAGCUCUUAGAAUUCACUCUGGAGCAGAAUUUUGAAGUUGUUUCAGUUAGUACUAUUUCUGCUGUGAUAGAAUCUGUCACCUUUUUGGUUCACCACUAUAUUACUUGCUCAGACAAAGUAAUGUCUAGAAGUGGAUCUGAUAGCUCUGUGGGUGCUCGAGCAUGUUUUGGGGGACUCUUUGCCAACCUCAUUCGCCCAGGUGACGCAAAAGCCGUUUGUGGUGAAAUGACAAGAGAUCAACUUAUGUUUGAUUUAUUAAAGCUUGUUAACAUUUUAGUACAGCUACCUCUUUCAGGCAAUAGGGAGUAUAGUGCAAGAGUAUCUGUAACUGCCAAUACCACAGAUAGUGUUUCAGACGAAGAGAAAGUUUCAGGAGGGAAAGAUGUCAAUGGAAGCUGCACCAAUAUUCCCGGAUCUCCUGCAUAUGUCGCUGACUUAGUCUUAGCCAACCAACAGAUUAUGAGCCAGAUUUUGUCUGCUCUAGGCCUGUGUAAUAGCAGUGCCAUGGCAAUGAUAAUUGGUGCAAGUGGAUUACAUCUCACCAAACAUGAAAACUUUCAUGGUGGGUUAGAUGCCAUAUCUGUUGGUGAUGGAUUAUUUACCAUAUUGACAACUCUCAGUAAAAAAGCUUCUACAGUUCACAUGAUGCUGCAGCCAAUAUUGACCUACAUGGCCUGUGGAUACAUGGGGAGACAAGGUUCUCUUGCAACUUGCCAGUUAUCAGAACCAUUGUUGUGGUUCAUUUUGAGAGUAUUGGAUACUAGUGAUGCAUUGAAAGCAUUCCAUGAUAUGGGUGGUGUUCAGCUCAUUUGUAACAAUAUGGUUACUAGUACAAGGGCUAUUGUGAAUACUGCAAGAAGUAUGGUUUCAACUAUUAUGAAAUUUCUUGAUUCUGGUCCAAAUAAAGCUGCUGACAGCACCUUGAAGACAAGAAUAUUAGCUUCUGAACCUGACAAUGCAGAAGGGAUCCAUAACUUUGCACCCCUAGGUACAAUCACAUCUAGUAGUCCCACUGCCCAACCUGCUGAAGUGCUUUUGCAGGCCACACCGCCCCAUCGAAGAGCCCGCUCUGCUGCUUGGUCAUAUAUCUUUCUUCCAGAGGAGGCUUGGUGUGACCUUACCAUCCACCUUCCUUCAGCAGUGCUGCUUAAAGAGAUUCAUAUCCAGCCUCAUCUUGCAUCUCUUGCAACUUGCCCAUCCUCAGUGUCUGUUGAAGUAAGUGCAGAUGGGGUAAAUAUGCUACCAUUAUCCACUCCUGUUGUCACAAGUGGCCUAACCUAUAUAAAAAUUCAGCUUGUAAAAGCCGAGGUAGCUUCUGCAGUCUGCCUUAGACUACAUCGUCCACGAGAUGCCAGCACUCUGGGCCUUUCACAGAUUAAACUAUUGGGCCUCACCGCUUUUGGUACCACUUCUUCUGCAACAGUUAAUAAUCCCUUUCUUCCAUCUGAAGAUCAGGUAUCCAAAACAAGCAUUGGGUGGUUACGGUUAUUACAUCAUUGCCUUACUCACAUAAGUGAUCUGGAAGGAAUGAUGGCAAGUGCAGCCGCACCUACUGCUAAUCUGCUGCAGACUUGUGCUGCCUUACUGAUGUCACCAUACUGUGGAAUGCAUUCACCAAACAUUGAAGUUGUGCUUGUAAAGAUAGGACUGCAGUCCACUAAAAUUGGCCUGAAACUUAUAGAUAUUCUUCUGAGAAAUUGUGCAGCAUCUGGCAGCGAUCCUACAGAUUUGAAUAGCCCUUUACUUUUCGGAAGACUAAAUGGACUCUCCUCUGACUCUACAAUAGAUAUUCUUUACCAGCUUGGUACAACGCAGGAUCCUGGAACAAAAGACAGAAUUCAGGCCUUGUUAAAAUGGGUCAGUGAUUCUGCAAGAGUGGCUGCUAUGAAAAGAAGUGGCAGGAUGAACUAUGUGUGCCCUAGCUCUUCAACAAUAGAGUAUGGUCUCCUCAUGCCUUCACCUUCUCAUUUGCACUGUGUAGCAGCAAUUCUUUGGCAUAGUUAUGAACUGCUUGUAGAAUAUGAUUUACCAGCUCUGUUGGACCAAGAGCUCUUUGAAUUACUUUUCAACUGGUCCAUGUCUCUUCCCUGCAAUAUGGUUUUGAAGAAAGCAGUUGACAGUCUACUUUGUUCAAUGUGUCACAUACAUCCAAAUUAUUUCUCCUUGCUCAUGGGCUGGAUGGGAAUUACUCCACCUCCAGUGCAGUGUCACCACAGACUAUCCAUGACAGAUGAUAGCAAAAAACAGGAUCUUACUUCAUCUUUAACAGAUGACUCUAAAAAUGCACAGGCACCUCUCUCACUAACUGAAUCUCAUCUAGCAACCCUUGCUUCCUCUUCUCAGUCUCCAGAAGCCAUCAAACAGUUACUAGACUCUGGUUUGCCUUCUCUUCUUGUGAGAAGUCUGGCUAGUUUUUGCUUUAGCCACAUUUCCUCCUCAGAAAGCAUUGCUCAGUCAAUAGAUAUUUUCCAGGAUAAACUCCGGAGGCAUCAUGUUCCACAGCACUGUAGUAAGAUGCCUAUCACAGCCGACCUGGUUGCUCCUAUUCUUCGGUUUUUGACAGAGGUUGGCAACAGUCAUAUCAUGAAAGAUUGGCUUGGUGGUUCUGAAGUCAACCCAUUAUGGACAGCACUUCUGUUUUUAUUGUGUCAUUCUGGGUCAACUUCUGGAGGACAUAAUUUAAGUGCACAACAGACAAAUGCAAGAUCAGCAUCUCUUUCUUCUGCCGCCACAAUAGGAUUGACCACUCAACAGCGGACAGCAAUUGAGAAUGCAACAGUUGCAUUCUUUCUACAGUGCAUUUCAUGCCAUCCUAAUAAUCAAAAGCUGAUGGCACAGGUUCUUUGUGAACUGUUUCAGAUAUCUCCUCAAAGAGGUAAUCUUCCAACAUCUGGGAAUAUUUCGGGGUUUAUACGAAGACUAUUUUUACAGUUGAUGCUGGAAGAUGAGAAAGUGACAAUGUUUCUUCAGUCUCCCUGCCCACUGUACAAGGGUAGAAUUAAUGCAACUAGCCAUGUCAUCCAGCACCCAAUGUAUGGAGCAGGACACAAAUUUCGUACUCUUCAUUUGCCAGUCUCAACAACUUUAUCAGAUGUUCUUGACAGAGUGUCAGAUACUCCGAGUAUCACAGCUAAAUUAAUUAGUGAACAAAAGGAUGACAAGGAAAAGAAAAACCAUGAAGAAAAAGAAAAAGUUAAGGCAGAAAAUGGAUUUCAGGAUAAUUAUAGUGUUGUUGUUGCUUCUGGGCUGAAAUCCCAAUCCAAACGUGCUGUAUCAGCUACACCACCUCGCCCACCAUCCAGGAGGGGGAGGACAAUCCCUGACAAAAUAGGAAAUUCUUCCUCAGGUGCAGAGACAGCCAACAAAAUCAUUACUGUUCCUGUGUUCCAUUUGUUCCACAAACUCUUGGCAGGUCAGCCGUUGCCAGCUGAAAUGACACUUGCCCAACUUUUAACACUCCUGUAUGACCGAAAACUUCCUCAAGGUUACCGUUCGAUAGAUUUGACUGUUAAAUUGGGAUCAAGAGUUAUCACAGACCCAAGUCUGUCAAAAACAGACUCUUUUAAAAGACUACACCCUGAAAAAGAUCAUGGAGACUUACUUGGUAACUGUGCAGAAGAUGAGGCUCUUACUCCGAGUGAUGAGUGCAUAGAUGGGAUAUUGGAUGAAUCUUUGCUUGAAACCUGUCCCAUUCAGUCACCAUUACAAGUUUUUGCAGGAAUGGGUGGACUGGCUCUUAUUGCAGAAAGACUACCCAUGCUAUACCCAGAAGUAAUUCAACAGGUGAGUGCGCCAGUGGUAACAUCUACUACUCAGGAAAAGCCCAAGGAUAGUGAUCAGUUUGAGUGGGUGACCAUUGAGCAGUCGGGGGAGUUGGUUUAUGAAGCGCCCGAGACCAUUGCGGCUGAGCCUCCCCCCAUCAAGUCGGCAGUGCAGACCACGUCCCCUAUACCUGCACACUCUCUGGCUGCUUUCGGAUUAUUUCUUCGUCUUCCGGGCUAUGCUGAAGUGCUACUGAAAGAGAGAAAACAUGCCCAGUGCCUUCUUCGAUUGGUAUUGGGUGUGACAGAUGACGGAGAAGGAAGUCAUAUUUUGCAAUCUCCGUCAGCCAAUGUGCUUCCAACCCUUCCUUUCCAUGUGCUUCGUAGUUUGUUUAGCACUACACCUUUGACAACUGAUGAUGGUGUGCUUCUAAGGCGAAUGGCAUUGGAAAUUGGAGCACUGCAUCUUAUUCUUGUCUGCCUCUCUGCUCUUAGUCAUCAUGCACCCCGAGUUCCAAACUCCAGCCUCAAUCAGACAGAGCCACAGGUAUCAAGCUCUCAAAACCCUACAUCAACAGAAGAACAGCAGCUGUAUUGGGCCAAAGGGACUGGCUUUGGAACAGGCUCUACAGCUUCUGGGUGGGAUGUGGAACAAGCCUUAACUAAACAGAGGCUGGAAGAGGAACACGUUACCUGUCUUCUGCAGGUUCUUGCAAGUUACAUAAAUCCUGUGAGUGGCACAAUAAAUGGAGAAGUUCAGCCACCUCCUGAAAGCAGAGGGCAGAACAGCAGUGCUCUGCCUGCCGUCCUUCUUGAGCUUCUCAGUCAGUCCUGCCUUAUCCCAGCCAUGUCAUCCUACCUACGAAAUGACUCAGUUCUAGACAUGGCAAGACACGUGCCCCUCUAUCGGGCUCUGCUGGAAUUGCUCCGGGCUAUUGCUUCUUGUGCAUCCAUGGUGCCGCUCUUGUUGCCUCUUUCUACAGAAAAUGGUGAAGAGGAAGAAGAACAGUCAGAGUGUCAAACUUCUGUUGGUACAUUACUGGCAAAAAUGAAGACGUGUGUUGAUACCUAUACCAACCGUUUAAGAUCUAAAAGGGAAAAUGUUAAAACAGGAGUGAAACCAGACGCCUCUGAUCAAGAACCAGAAGGACUUACUCUUUUGGUACCAGACAUCCAAAAAACUGCUGAGAUAGUUUAUGCAGCUACCACCAGUUUAAGGCAAGCAAAUCAAGAAAAAAAACUAGGUGAAUGCUCAAAGAAGGUGGCUAUGAAACCCAAACCUUUAUCAGUAUUAAAAUCGCUUGAAGAAAAAUAUGUGGCUGUUAUGAAGAAACUACAGUUUGAUACAUUUGAAAUGGUUUCUGAAGAUGAAGAUGGGAAAUUGGGUUUUAAAGUAAAUUACCACUACAUGUCUCAGAUGAAAAAUGCAAAUGAUGCGAACAGUGCUGCCAGAGCCCGCCGCCUUGCCCAGGAAGCUGUGACCCUUUCAACCUCACUGCCUCUGUCUUCAUCCUCCAGUGUGUUUGUACGCUGUGAUGAGGAACGACUUGACAUUAUGAAGGUUCUGAUAACUGGGCCAGCUGACACCCCCUAUGCAAAUGGCUGCUUUGAGUUUGAUGUGUAUUUUCCUCAGGAUUAUCCAAGUUCACCACCUCUUGUGAAUCUAGAGACAACUGGCGGCCAUAGUGUACGAUUCAAUCCAAACUUGUACAAUGAUGGCAAGGUUUGUUUAAGCAUCUUAAAUACAUGGCAUGGGAGACCAGAAGAAAAGUGGAAUCCUCAGACCUCAAGCUUUUUGCAAGUGUUGGUGUCUGUCCAGUCUCUUAUAUUAGUAGCUGAGCCUUACUUUAAUGAACCAGGAUAUGAACGGUCUCGAGGCACUCCCAGUGGUACCCAGAGCUCUAGAGAAUAUGAUGGAAACAUCCGACAAGCAACCGUUAAAUGGGCUAUGCUAGAGCAAAUCAGAAACCCUUCCCCCUGCUUUAAAGAAGUUAUACACAAACAUUUUUACUUGAAAAGAGUUGAGAUUAUGGCCCAGUGUGAGGAGUGGAUUGCAGAUAUCCAGCAGUACAGCAGUGAUAAGCGGGUGGGUAGGACCAUGUCUCACCAUGCCGCAGCUCUCAAGCGGCAUACUGCUCAGCUCCGAGAAGAGCUGCUAAAACUUCCUUGCCCUGAAGGCUUGGACCCCGAUGCUGAUGAUGCCUCAGAGGUGUGCAGGGCCACAACAGGUGCUGAGGAGACUCUGUCAUACGAUCAGGUCAAACCUGGCAGCAGCAAAGACCUCCCGAGUGACUUCCAAUUAUGAACUGCAUUGACCUGGACUUCAUAGACACAAAGGCUUCGAAGCACAAGCCAAAUAUGUCAAUAUUUGUAUGUAAGAAACUAAUUAUGUAAUAGGUAAUGAAACUGAAACUAUACUAUGCCCUUAAGGAGAUCCAAUUUAAUUCAAGGUGAUCUUUUAUUUACCUGUAUAAGAGUGUAAACUUUUUUGUGCUUUUAUUUUUCAAUUGUGAGAACCACUGAUUGGUAUGUUCAACAAAUUUGUGUAUACAAAGAAAUGGAUAAAUCACUGAUAUAUAAGGGAAACUACCUUAGGAAAGAAUGUUUACUGAAUGUUUAUUUUAUUUUUUUUUUUUUACUGUAGAGUGAGGGGUUGUUAACAAAGAAUAUAUAUUGGUCAUUCUUACAACUACUAUUUAAAGUCAGCAACUUUUCACUGAAUUUGAUAGAUUUUAUGUUUGGCCAUAACUUCAUGCUCAUUUGAUUUCUGAAGACCUCCUACAUACACUUCAAUAAAAGUUAAAUGGACGUACUCCCUCUUUUUUGAUUUACUGGUACAUUUUUUAAAAUAAUAAAUCUGACAUAAAUUGCAUUACAGCUGGAGACUUGCACUUGUAUGGAUGAAUUUAUUACAUUCAACAUAUUUAAUUUUAUGCCUUCUAAUUCUAAGAUGCAGAAAAAAUAAAUGAACAUGAUUUUAUUCUAUGCCAACAUUUGGGCCUCUGAAUGUAUCCAUUUAUUUGAGUUUAAGUAUAUGAAAAGGAACAGUCAAUUUGAAAAGCUAACUCUAAACCAGGUUUGCUUGUUUUUUUUUUCUUAAAGGGCUCAUUUUUUCCUGGACUGUUUGGUUUUAUUGCUGCAGUCACAUGUCUGUAUUAAAGUGGAGGCUCUGUGAGGUGAGAGGCUGUACUUCUCUGGUGCUGUUACAGUACAUUCUGUACCUGCCAUACAGGCUCAUUUUCAUGCAAAUUCUUCCUAGAGCCAAAUAAAUAAAGACUUAGGUGAA